CCUCAGGCUCUGCGCUUGAGAAUCCUGCUUCUGGUUGUUUGGAUGAAGAGUAAAGGAAAGAACAGUCAGAGUCUCAAUACUGGCUUGCGCUCUUCACUUGGCUGCUAUGCCAUGAAAGUGUUUCUUCGAAGUGUUUUAUGAGUUGACGACUGUCAGGGCUUGACAAGUUGCUCGGGAAGGGCCAUCUCGAUACCUUGCCUUACACAUUCUCAGGACUGGACAAAAGGAUUACUUAAUUUAUCUCGCUUUGUGCCAUUCUUAGCUGACUUCCAUAACGACCCAAGAUCUGCCACCGCUUCCAUUCUCAGGCAGAUCAUCCAGCAAUGGCAGAAAUCAGCUUCGACCAGCUUGGUCUUCUCUCUACCGACCUUGAUGGUCGUAUUAAUUUUGGCCUUGAGGGCCCCUCAUCUAAUUCUGCGCUUGGCUGGCCCCAGCAGUGCUAUGACGAUUCCUUCCUUUAUGACCACACCUCAUACGAAUUAAACGAAUUUUCCCUUGACCCUCUGAUGGCCCAGUACUUCCCCUCGGAUGACACGGGAUGUGAAACGAAUCCCCAAUCAACGUCCACAAAUAACACCGUUUCGUUCGAUGGUCCCGUGAACGACUGGAUCCAUACUUUGGACCCUACGUCGCUGUCUGGGUCUCUCAUGCACGGAGCUGCAGAUUCGGCUUCCCAUUGGCUAUCGCCUUCGCAGGCUUCACAGCUUCGAUCAGAGGCUAACGACGCUGCAACCCAGAUUCAACCUCCCAGCAUCCCCCUAAUGCGACGUGCCGAAAACUAUACACCGUAUCUUUCCCCCACUCCCUCUACUUCCACGCCAUCGGUCCAUCGGUCCCUUCCCCCCACUCCCAGACUUCAACAAACCGUGAAACUGGUCCCUCCACCCCAAAUCAGCGGUUCGAAGCGUAAACUCGACGGCGAUUCCGAUCCCGAACGCCGCUACGAAGAGUCCUCCCAAGGUGAAGCUGGGGACGACCAUCGGGCGCGUAAGCGUCGGCGGACGCGUACGACCCCCCAGGUCGAUAAACCAGCUCCCAAGGGCACCUCUAUCGUGCGAAAGUCCUUGUCUGGCAAAGCGCCUGUGAACAGGGUUCGCAAGAAUGCCAAGGGAUUGGGCGAACGACGUUCGGAGAUCGACAUCGCCCCGGACUUGAACGGCACCCUUCCAGGAUGGAUUUUGAAUGCCAUUUCAAAGUCCCAUAAAGAACGCGUGCGCUGUGAAUUGUGUACAGGGAGUUUCACGACAUUGGAUCGUCAUAUUCUGGGAGUUCAUCGGGGUCGUCUGGUGAGGGAUCUGAUCGAGAAGCCCGAUCGCGUUCGCCCCGCAGCAGCGUAUCUCGACAUGUUCUACUUUGUGAUCGUCGAAUCGCGGACCUCCUCCGACGUCAUGGAAACAAACAACAGGAUGAAAAGGAGGAGUUCGAUCUUUCCCUGUAUCCGGUUUUGAAGGAACGAUGCAUGGAUCUUUGUAAGGCUUCGAUCUCUCCACGAUCCGCACGUAUUAUCCAGUUACUGUUGACUUUGGGAAUUUGAAAGGGGGUUGUGUUUUAUAUACGCGAUG